AUGAGGACAUACAUAUGUAUCUGUAUAGCAUUAUCUCUAGGCUAACAGUUACAGAUUUGGAUAACGUCUGCUUGUCAAUUUUGGAAGUAUCCUUCUGACUGUGUGACCCAGUUAACAUUUGUACUAAUCUCCUAUUGCCAAUAAUCCGUUAGGGCGGGGGCAUACAUAUAGCAGUGCGAAAGCUAUGGUUUAAUGGUGCCACCCAUAUUUUGAGGAAUUGUAAUAUUCAGGACAAUCUCUACUCUUUACCACAACGAUAAACCACAAGUGCCCGUAGCUACCUUUUAAUUUUGCGCGUUCUCGUAACAGUGUCCGCCAUUUUGAUUAAAAAAUAUGACAGCAUCCUUGCCUGUCUUUCUGCAAUCUUGAGGGUAAAAGCGACAAUUAAUUUACUGGCGCUGGGAUUGAUUGUACUAUACACGGGUGGAAGGGUCAGGCAGCCUCUGGUGAGCUGUCAAAGAAACACUCGCCAGAUUACUGACAGAUUUGGUUGAUGGGGCGUGCAGCUCCAGUUGACUGGUUUGGAAUAUAAACAAACUGCUCAACCAGCUACUUUAGCAGACUGACACUGACGCCCUGGAGCUAAAUGACAAGUGUGUGUGCGCCAAUGGUGUGAGUGUGUAAUCGUCCAUGCAGAUGACCAUUCCUUCCUGGGUCUAUGAGACAAAUGACUGAAGAGGUCUGACCAAGGACACACAUUAAUUAGGUUUAAUGUGCUUCCUCUGUAAACUGGUGGGGGGUGUAUCUGGCUGUGUGUAAUCGUCCAUGCAGAUGACCAUUCCUUCCUGGGUCUAUGAGACAAAUGACUGAAGAGGUCUGACCAAGGACACACAUUACUUUGGUAACCCCCCCAUUCAAGCCCUCUCCUCGCAUCCUUCUUGAGUAAGACCGUGGGGAUCGAACCUCAUCACACUCCAGACCAAGCAGGAAAUGUAAAGUUGCAAAACAUUUGAUACACAGUUGGUGAGGAUGACUUUCUAUUCACUCUUUCUCCUUGCAGCUGCAGCCAUGUUCUGGAAGUUUGACCUGCACAUGUCGUCCCAGCUGGAGGCCCUGCUGGAGAAGGAUGAUGUCACACUCACUGAGCUCAUGGAGGAGGAGGACGUACUACAGGAGUGCAAGGCCCAGAACCGCAGGCUGCUUGUCUUCCUGUCCCAGGACACCUGCAUGCAAGAGCUGCUGCACCUCAUCACCACAGAGCCCCCUGCUGGCCUGGAAGAAACAAGACGUUUUAAGCACCCUAACAUAGCGUGUGAGCUGCUGACGAGUGAUGUGGGGGUGAUAAAUGAUAAACUGGGUGGAGAGAAGCCCCUGCUGGAUACCCUGUACUCUUUCCUGGAGCAGCCCCCUCCCCUCAACCCCCUUCUUGCGUCCUUCUUCAGCAAGACCAUCGGAAACCUCAUCACACGCAAGACCGAACAGGUGAUCUCCUUUCUGCGGGGAAAGGAGGGUUUCCUGGGUCUGGUCCUGAAUCACAUCAACACAUCAGCCAUGAUGGACCUCCUGCUACGCCUCAUCAGUUGUGUAGAGCCUGCUCCUCUCAGACAUGACACGCUCAAUUGGUUAAAUGAAGAGCAGCUGGCCCAGAGGCUUAUAGAGCUCAUCCACCCUGGGAAAGAUGAGGAGAAACAGUCAAAUGCAUCCCAGACUGUGUGUGACAUCAUCCGUCUCAGCAGAGACCAGGCCAAUCAGCUCCAAGAGAACUCUGAGGCUGACCCUCUGCUUGCCGUGCUGGAGUCGCAGGAGUGUGUGGGUCAGCUGCUGGACAACAUGUUUGUGGGAGAGAGGACAGAGAGCUGUAUCAUCUGUGGAACUCAAAUCCUUCUAACCUUACUGGAAAUCAGGAGGCCAGGGGUGGAGGGUAUGUUGGAUGUGUGUGUUCAGGGACAUGAGAGGUGUGUCAACAGUAGCAUCCUGCAGGCCAUCCAACCCCACCUCACACACUACCACCAACUACUGCUGGAUCCGCCCAGGGUGACCCCCAUGCUUACCAGUCUAGGUGUGUUGGAGGUGCCAUUGGGUAACUGUCGUCUCCAUGUGGCCAGACUGAUGGCCUCUCUGCUACAGACCACUAACACCAGUUAUUACAUUUGUUGUAACAACACCAUUUAUAACAACACCGUCACACUGGAGCUCUGCAGACUCAACACCAUAAACAUUCUACUGGACCUGUUCUUUAAGUACACCUGGAACAACUUCCUGCACUUCCAAGUGGAGCUGUGUGUGGCAGCCAUCCUCAGCCACUCUGCCCAGGAGCAGAGACCCCUGGUUACCCAGGAAAAUCCCAGGCUUCAGCAGGUGCCCCAGGAGAAGCAGGCCUCGCCUGGCCCCACACUCCCACUGCCCUCUGUUCCUCCCGACAUCUUCACACACAACCCACUGGUGACCCAUUUGUUUCAGGACUGUCGUCUGGUUCCGAGGAUAUUGGAGGCUUGGGAGGAGAAUGAUAAGAUGCAGGAGGAGGGGGGCAUGAGGAGAGGCUACAUGGGUCACCUGACUAGGAUCGCCAACACUGUAGUCUGUAGCAUGGAGAAAGGACCAGUACACAGCCAGAUCAGCAGCCUUAUUACAGAGCUGCUUGUGGAUUGCAAGGGGCGCUGGGAGACCUUUGUAGACCAGGCCCUGACAGAGAUCAACAGGAAGAACACUGUAGACCUGGUGUCUCACAACCUGCGCUCCUCCAGUGAAGAUGAUGAUCGACAGAGUCCCUUCCCCAAAGAGCUGUCACUGCAACAAACAUUCUCAGACUACCAGAUCCAGCAGAUCACUGCUAACUUUGUGGAUCAGUUUGGCUUCAAUGACGACGAGUUCUCAGAACACGGCGACAACAUCAAUGCCACCUUUGACCGGAUCGCAGAGAUUAACUUCAACGUGGACACAGAGGACACUGCUAAGACUGCAGCAUUUGAGGCCUGCACUAAGGAGAAGAUCCAGUCGUUUGAUGACAACGAAGAGGAAGAUAUCUGGGAGGAGAGAGAGAUCAACUAUACUACACACACUAAGUCUAGGACCAGGUUUGGGGGGUCACGGACGUCUGUUGGAGCGGCUCAGAGUGAUGGGGUGAGCGAUACUGCUGGUAGCUCAACAGGUUCUGAAACGGAGGAGUGGGAGGUGCCUAUUGAGGUCACAGGUCAGACAGAACACAGCAAGAACAUCAGCCAGACUGAGAACAUCAGCCAGACUGAGACUGCACAGAGCCCUGGCUGGGCGGCUAGUUUCGGGGAGGUGAACUCUAAGGCCCCCUCUCCUGGAGUGGGCAUGGAUCCAUGGGCUAACCCCACCCCCAAGUCUGGAGUGGGCGUAGACCUAUGGGGUAGCCCUGCCCCCACACCUGGAGUGGGCUUAGACCCGUGGGGUAGCCCCGCCUCUAAAUCAGGAGUGGGCCUAGACCCAUGGGGUAGCCCCAACCCCAAGUCCGAAGUGGGCGUCGACUCAUGGGACAGCCCUGCCCCCAAGUCAGAAGUGGGCGUGGAUGCAUGGGGCAGCCCCGCCCCCCAACCCAUAACUGCAGAGAAGGGCUGGGCCAAGUUCACUGACUUUCAGCCCUUCUGCUGUUCAGAGACAGGUCCGAGGUGCACUUCUCCAGUAGACUCCGAGAUCUGUGGGUCAGACAAAACAAAACCCAGCCAAGACAAGAACUCUUGUGUGUGGAGUGUGUGUGUGGCGAGGAAGGCUCCCCUGGUAGCAUCAGACAGCUCUUCAUCAGGAGGCUCAGAAAGUGAUGAAGAGGACAAGACUGAAUCUGUUACUAUGGAGAAGGUAUCCAAGGAAAUGGUCACUACAGAGACCGUUGUCACAACCGCCGGAAGGGAGACCAUCAAACUUAGGAUGGACGCCAACAACGAGAGAGCUGUCUUCACCAGUGAGGCUGACAUGAGAGAGAAAGAGAAGAUGAAGGAGAAAGAGAGGGUGAUGGGUGGAGGAGACCCUCUCAAUGCCACCGCUGCUCCCCUCAAAAUUCGGCCUGCCACCAUCACAAAAGACACACCAUCCUUGGCAAACGGACCGGCCUAGUACUACGGUACCACGACACACACAUACACACCACUUCCCAACAACACUCCAUGCCAUGCAACGUCUUGUAUCGUGAGCAGUGCUGCCCUGUCAUAGGUCUGUGUCUAGGACAUCUACGGGGGCUGAGAGAGUCAAAAAGCAGAAGAGAAAAGCCAUUCCGGAAGCCAAUCAACAGCUCCUAAACACAGCAGUUUAUGAACAGAUUCAUGUGAUGUUUGUCCCUGCCCUACUGCUGUAGUCUCUCCUAGACACCUAUCACCACACUGCGACGUGUGUGUGUGUGUGUGUGUGAGAUCCAGCUUUAUGUAGUCUUGUUAGUUCUUGGCUCAGACCGCUUUUUUUUUUACACUUUAAGUAGAGAAGAUGCUCCAUUCCCGCUGUAGUCACAUCAUCAGCGCAGAGUAGUCUGAGGAGGGGAAUGAGUAGUCAGUACUGACUGUAAGAUCUUCAAGGACAAAAUGUGUUCCUAGUUUUUUUUUUUUUUUUGACUCAAUCAUUUCAGCAUAGAAAAUCCAGCCUGAUUAUGAAAAUUCUCCACUAUCUCUCUCUGUGUGGACUAUUCCGUCUGUUCUCCCUCUCUGUGUGGACUAUUCCGUCUGUUCUCCCUCUCUGUGUGGACUAUUCCGUCUGUUCUCCCUCUCUGUGUGGACUAUUACAGGUAGUGAAAUAUUGAUUCUGUCUGUUCUUUCUCUUUGUGUGGGAGAUUUGGAAUAUAUAUUCUCAGGUUAAAAGAGCAGUUCUGUGGAUGUGAUGAAAGCACACAUGUGUGACGUCACACACAGCAUGAGUACACACACAUACAGUGUGAUUAUUCACACACACACACAAAGCUUGAGGCAUACACACUCCACUGUAUGAGUGUAUACACACAAACACAGAGUUUGCGCAGACAAGCACUCACACCCUUCCAUAUCACCCCUCCACAGAGCUGUGUAAAUGUAAUAUUGUGACCUUUGAACCUUUUAUUAGGUUGUGGUAUAAUGUAAACGUAUUAUAAUGUAAACAGUAUAUAUAUAUAAACACGUAUCUAUUUUUGGUAUCAAUUCAGAUGUAUCGGAAAGCGGAUGUUUAGCAGGUUGCUGUGUGUGUGUGUGUGUGCGUGUGCGUGUAUGUGUGUUUAUAGUGGUGAAAUGAGGCAAUAAUGACAUCUGUGUUGUUAUGGUUUUUACCCCAGCAUCAGACCCUGAUACCCUGCUACAUGCUUCCUCCUGGGUGUGUGUGUGGGUACAUGUAUGUAUAUGUUUAAUGUAUUGGAAAUGUCUUCCAUAUCCAAUUCCUCAUGCUAUAUCAUCUUAUCAGUAUCUAAAGCGGUCUCUCUCCCUUCUCUCAUUUAGAGCAUGUCAUUCAGGUAUGACUUCGUGAAGUUAGUUUCUGUUGUUGUGUGGUUUUAUGUUUAUGCACUUUGUGAUGGUGGUCAGAACCAUCAAGGUAUUUUACUCACAGCUGAGGAAGAGGUUUGACUUAAAGGAAUCAGUGAGUUAUUACAAAAUCUUAAUAAUAUUUGUAUGUGAUAUGACGAUUUGAUCCACCUAUUGUGAUGCCAAAGUGGGCUAGUGACUAAUGAAAUUGGCUAGAUUUGGGACAGGGAGAGGGAUCCACCCUGAUAAAGCUAACCAGAGUUGUGUACAGAGUUACGUCAUACCUUCACCCCAACACCACACACUGCAUCUGACCCAUACAAAACCACACACUGCAUCUGACCCAUACAAAACCACACACUGCAUCUGACCCAUACAAAACCACACACUGCAUCUGACCCAUAUAACACCACACACUGCAUCUGACUCAUACCACACCACACACUGCAUCUGACUCAUACCACACACGGCAUCUGACCCAUACAACACCACACACGGCAUCUGACCCAUACAAAACCACACACUGCAUCUGACCCAUACAACACCACACACUGCAUCUGACCCAUACAAAACCACACACGGCAUCUGACCCAUAUAACACCACACACUGCAUCUGACCCAUACAACACCACACACUGCACCUGACCCAUACCACACACUGCAUCUGACCCACACUGCACCUGACCCAUACAACACCACACACU